AUGAAAGGAAGGGAGCUUUCUCCUCCGAAAGUAAAGUACAGUUAUAAAAAAAUCAGAGAUGGUCAUGUGGCAAACGAGUCAGUAAUUAUCGCACUUUUAUCACAAUUUGCAGAUGUUACAGUUCAUAAACCAUUUGGAAAAUCACUAGUUUCGUUGCCUUUUAUACCCGUGGAAACAAUUAAAUUUCAAAAAGAUGAUUACAUUGAUGUCGAACUAUUCAUUGAAAGGCGAUUGAAAGAACGAAAAAUUUUUGACAUACAAAAUGGGAUUGACGAAAAAACUGCCGAUAGAAGAAUUAAAAAAUAUCGCAUUCCAACAACCGUUGUUUUUCUUAGUGACCUGCUUAACGAAUUUGGUGUUAUUUCAAUUUCAACACAGACGUGUGGCAAAAAUAAAGCAUGUGUUGUUUAUUACAUUAACACGAUAGUCACCAGUUUCGGAAUAUUUACAAAAGAUAAACUUGUUGAAAUCGGAAGGAAAAUCAACGAAGAACUUGUGUUAAGAACUUUAAAAAUAAAUGAAAGAACAACAAUCCACAAAGGAGAUGUUGUUAUGGCAAGGCUCCUGGGUAUGUAA